CACAGUGAGCGUCUCUCUAAGAGGGGAAAUCUGUGCAGAGAAGAUAACAGAUUCUUUUCAAUCCAGUUCAACAAACAGGGCACGAAGUGAAGUGUUGGGGCCUGGGCCAGGCUCUGGAGCCCUGGCAGCAGGGACUGAGGUCUGGCGGAUGGCCCCACUACCGGGAGCAGAGCUCGUCCAGACGCCACUGCAGCUCUACCGAUACCUGCUGCGCUGUUGCCGGCAGCUGCCAACCGAGGGCAUCCAGGAGCAUUAUAAGCAUGCCGUCAGGCAGAGUUUCCGGGUUCAUUCGGAUGAGGACAACCCUGAGAGGAUCCAGCAGAUUAUUAAGAGAGCCAUUGAAGAUGCCGACUGGAUCCUGAACAAAUAUAAAAAACAAAACUGAGACUCCAGGGUGUAAAGAGUGCAGCUGACUUGGCGACGCUGACAUGGAGAGCCCUCGCUUCGCCCGGCCCUAGCAGCAGUAGCAGCCAUGCUGGGAUAUCCAUUGGCCUGGUUGGCUGGGAGCAGGAAAUCAGCAAUAGGAGAAGCUUGUUAUUUGCUCAGACUGCGCUUCUUGCCACAUUGGUGUCCCCAGCGUCCUUCACAUUUGCUUUUCCAGCUGGUGAUGAGGUGAGCUUUGGGGAGAAGGUGUUUUCUCACUUUGCUCUGAAAGUGAUUCAUUUACUCUGGACGUCAUCCUUUGAGAGGCAGAGUUGGUAUCCCCUCACACAACAGCCUGUGCAGAGGACAGGGCAUGGGCUUUACAAUCAGGCUGAUCUAGAUUUGAAGCUCAGCUCGGUGGCUUUUCGAGGGUAUUGGCUUCAAGUCCAGUUCUUCCUUCAUUAGGAUUAGAUAAGAUGAAAUCAAAGAGCCUGACACAGGACAUGGUAUGUGGUGGCCAGUAAAUGUCCUUCUGAGGAAGCCGGCCUCUGACGCCCUCGUGGUGCUCACGCAUCUCUCUGGCUCCCGCAACAUCAGCUUUUAGUUCUCUGUGGGCUUGUCCUGUCCCUGCUUGUCACCCCAGGCCCUGAGCCCUCACAGUUGCACUGUGCCCAGCGGUCUGCCCAGCAGCUGCUCUUCUGACACCGAUCCUCCCAGCCCAGAGAGACAGAAGCCCUGGUCUUUGUCUUCGUGGGAUCUGUCGUGUCUCAGAGUGUCGAAACGAAAAACGCCCGGGCAUCUGCAGUAGACGCCGAUGUGUUCAGGCUGCAGUGAACCCGUGAUCUGUGUGACCAGCUCUUGCCUACUUUGGCUCCAUCUUAGAAGGAGAGGGAGGAGGAGCAAGCAAGCAGUCGUGAGGGUCGUCGUGAGCCUGAAGUCUGUGGAGAAGGCAGACCUGGGUCACGUCCCAACUCCACACAGAGUGCUUUCGGGUAACUUACCUCGCCUCCUUCAGUCCCAGUUUCCCCAUCUAUCCAGGCAGUAAUGACCGUACCUACCUCACGGGGCCGCAAUGAGCAGUCAUAAGCCCUAAUGUAUGCCAAGUGCUUCACCCAGGACCCGGCCUGGGGAGCCAGGGAGAAGGGAGCUCCUUUUCAAGAGAUUGAGCCCCCUUUCAAGGUCACAAAAUGACUAAGUUGGGUCUGUGAAUGUACCAAACCCUCUAGAUUUAAGAGGGGAAGGACAGCAGUAGGGGCAGAGGGAAAGGAGGGUGAGAGGGAGGCAGGGGGGAGGGCGAGCAGGGAACAUCAGGGUGACCGGCUGGAGUGGGCGGAGCAGCCAGAAGAUGCAAAGAGAGACCACACCAGUGGUGAGUGUCCCCCGAGGACUCCCAGCCAGAGGAUGAGCUUGCAAUCACGUGACUUACAGUAACUCAGAUACACCCAUGUGCGCUCAGCUGAUCAGCAGAUCAUGAAGUAAAUACAUCAGCUCUCUGGUGUAUGUUCCCUACUGUGUGCUGUCAUGUUCGAUGUUGAGGGUUAGAGGCAGGCAGACAGAAAGCUGCCAGGCGGGAUCAUUCUUUCAUGUUUUAAUUCAUUAAUUGAAAUGUAUGGUCCUAGAUAAAGAUAAAAUUUCAGAACUUGCAUGAAGGUUGAGGCAUCUCUCUUCCAGGUGGGAUCUGCUCCAGUGGGAAACCUGCUGUCAGAAGAGGGGACCACGGGCGGGCCGCCUUUGCUAACUUGGGGUGAGGGAGUGGCAGGGGCUGCCUGGCAGACGGACAGUUUCACCAAAGGCUUGGAAUAGCACCACUUGCUCAGGAAGUCCCACGCUCUUCUGUGUGGUUGAGACACUGGACUAAAGAGACGGUUUUGCAGCCAUCUCUUUAUGUAAUUGUCUCCUUUCUGAGAGUGAACCCCUUGAGGGCAGGGGCCAUAUGCUGGUCAGUGCAAAAUCUGGGCCAGCUGUGUGCCUGCUGCCCAAGUGGUGAACUUUAAGCAUUUGUUGAAUGGAAGAAUGAUAAUCCAGGCAAACUGAUAUGCCUCUUUUGUUGGAGUGUUUAUUGCUUUCUAAUAAUGGGGGAUGCUGGGAGGUGGUGAUUAUUUCUUGGCCAACCACUGGUAUGUGUGUAUGUGUGUGUGUUCUUAUCACUGAUGCUCAAAUAAAGUCUUAAUACUAUUAU